AUGCGUCUCUCGCUCGUCCUGUCUUUGAUUCCGCUCGGCGGCCUUGUUGGGGCUCUGUCUGUCACUGAGCCUAAGAAGGGCGCCGAUAUUUCUGCCUCGAAGUCUUUCACCGUGAAGUGGACUUCCGUCGAUACCGACGCCUCGAGCUUCGAUCUUUACCUGGUCAACAAUGCAGUGUAUCCCAACGUUGAGAAGAAGCUUGCUUCGGGUGUGGACACCUCCAAAGGAUCAUAUACUGUUGAUGCUCUCAGCGGCGUCACUGCCGGACAUGGCUACCAGAUUGACCUGAUGUCCGACUCCCCCGAUAACACCGGAAUCCUUGCUCAAUCUGAGCAAUUCAAUGUGACCGGCUCCGCUCAUACCUCCUCGACCUCCGCCAGCACUACGUCUAGUGUUGCAUCGACCACCGAAUCUAGCACCACAGCCUCCACUGCGAACACUCUCAUCACCACCACCAGCGCCGUCAGUGCUACUGGCACCGAGACCGCUUCUGGGUCUGCUACAGCCGGUAGUGCCUCGGGUACCGGUACUUCUGCUAGUGGCACUUCCUCGGAGACUGCUGUUCCUUCCACUGGUGUUGGUGCCGCCAUCCUGGCUCACCCUGCUGCUGCCGUUGGCCUCCUGGCUGGUGCUCUGGCUUUCAACCUGUAA